AUGCAGUGUGAUGAUGUUACGUGGAAUAUUCUCAACAAGGGAAUGUGCUCCUUUAAAACAAGGAUAAAAACGCAGAAGUUUUGUCGCAAUGAGUACAAUUUAACGGGUCUGUGUAAUCGAGCAUCAUGUCCGUUAGCUAACAGUCAGUAUGCUACGGUUCGGGAGGAGAAAGGUAUAUGUUAUCUAUAUAUGAAGGUAAUUGAAAGAAGUCACUAUCCACGAAGACUUUGGGAACGGAUCAAAUUAUCUCGGAAUAUGACUCAAGCUGUUAGACAGAUUGGUGAUGCAUUACUCCAUUGGUCUCAAUAUGUUAGACAUAAAUGCAAGGCACGUCUAAUUCGCAUACAUCAAUAUUUGAUCAGGAUGAGGAAGAUGAAGCUUCGAGAAAGACAACAAAAAAUUAUCCCAAUACAGCGAAAGAUUGAAAGACGCGAAGUAAGACGAGAAGAAAAGGCACUGAUUGCUGCUAAAUUGGACACAGCUAUAGAAAAGGAAUUACUGAACCGUCUGCGUGAAGGAACUUAUGGCGAAAUCUAUAAUUUCAGGCAAGAUGCAUUCAAUCGUGUACUUGAUGAAGAGGAGGAAAUAGAUGCAGAAUUCGAUCGCGAAGUUGAAAUUGAAGAGGUCAAUCAGGGUACUGGAGUUCGCGAAUAUAUUGCUGAUUUCGAAGAAUCAUCUGACGAAGAUGGUGAUGAAGAUAUAGAAGAUGCAGGAGGAAAUAACCAUUGGGAUGAGAAUGAAACUAGUGGUGAAGAUGAUGAGAUGAAUGAAAGUGAGGAGGAUGAGGAAAGCCCUGUGGAGGACGAAGAUGAAUCGAGCGGGGAAAAUGAAAAACAACCGGUGAAUACACAGAAAAAGAAACGAGUGAGGUGGAAGGAGUUAAAGGACAAGAAGGCAAAACGUGAGCCUGUUAAGAGGCGUCUACGCCAGGUACUCGAAAUCGAAUACGAAAACGAAGGACCAGUUAGGAGUAAACAAAAGCUAUAA